AUGGCUUCCAAACUGAGCUUCCUCGGCCUGUUGGCCGCCACCACGACAUCCAUCGUGUCCGCCGGACCUUGCGACAUCUACGCGUCCGGCGGCACCCCAUGCAUAGCCGCCCACAGCACGACCCGGGCCUUGUACUCGUCCUUCUCGGGCUCUCUGUACCAGGUCAAGCGCGGCUCCGACAACACCACGCUCAACAUCGGCCCCCUCUCUGCCGGGGGCGUGGCCAACGCGGGCGCCCAGGACUCGUUCUGCGCCAGCACGACCUGCCUCAUCACCAUCAUCUACGACCAGUCCGGGCGCAACAACCACCUGACCCAGGCCCCCGGGGGCGCCUUCCGCGGCCCGGAGGCCAACGGGUACGACAACCUCGCCUCGGCCAUCGGCGCCCCCGUCACGCUCAACGGCCAGAAGGCCUACGGGGUCUUCGUCUCCCCCGGCACGGGGUACCGCAACAACGCCGUGUCCGGCUCGGCCAAGGGCGACCAGGCCGAGGGCAUGUACGCGGUGCUCGACGGGACGCACUACAACGGCGGCUGCUGCUUCGACUAUGGCAAUGCCGAGACGAGCAGCACCGACACGGGCAACGGGCACAUGGAGGCCAUCUACUUUGGCGACAACACGGUCUGGGGGUCCGGCUCCGGCUCCGGGCCCUGGCUCAUGGCUGACCUGGAGAACGGGCUGUUCUCCGGGGCGAACCCAAAGAACAACCCGGCCGACCCGAGCAUCUCGGCGCGCUUCUUCACCGCCGCGGUAAAAGGCACGGCGAACCUGUGGGCCCUUCGCGGCGCCGACGCCACCUCUACCGGAGGCAGCCUGACAACCUACUAUUCCGGUGCCCGGCCCAGCGUGUCCGGGUAUAACCCGAUGAGCAAGGAGGGCGCCAUCAUCCUGGGCAUCGGCGGGGACAACAGCAUCGGCGCGCAGGGCACCUUCUACGAGGGCGUCAUGACGACGGGGUACCCUUCCGACGCGACCGAGAACGCCGUCCAGGCCAACAUCGCCGCGGCGAGGUACGCCGUGACGAGCCUCGUGUCCGGGCCCGCGCUGAGCAUCGGGUCCAAAGUCUCGCUCCGCGCCACCACGAGCUGCUGCACCACGCGCUACAUAGCCCACUCGGGCGGCACGGUAAACACGCAGGUAGUGACUAGCAGCAGCGCCGCCGCGCUCCGGCAGCAGGCCACCUGGACCGUCAGGGCCGGGCUCGGGUACAGCGGGUGCGUGUCGUUCGAGUCGGUCGACACCCCCGGGUCGUUUAUCCGGCACUACAACUUCGACCUGCAGGUCGCUGCCAACGACGGGUCCAAGCAGUUCCGCGAGGACGCGACCUUCUGUCCCCAGACGGGACUUGGGAGUGCCGGUGGUGGCAGCUCGUUCCGUGCCUGGGGGUAUCCGACUAGGUAUAUCCGCCACUACAACAACCUGGGCGAGAUUGCGAGCAAUGGGGGUGUGCACGUGUUUGACUCGCCGUCCCUGUUCAAUGAUGAUGUCACGUUUGUCGUUGGUGCUGGGUUUGCUUGA